AUGCGUCGCGAGCGUCGCAUCGAGCCGACGUCGUUCGACGCGAUCGUCGUCGGCACGGGCCUGCCCGAGUCGCUGCUGGCGGCGGCGCUGUCUCUGGCGGGGCGGCGCGUGCUGCACGUGGACUGCGCCGCCUUCUACGGUUCGCACUGGGCGUCGCUGCCGCUCGACCAGCUCGCGCAGUGGGCGGCGAGCGGCGGGCGCAUUCCGCCUCCGGGGGAGAACGAGGACGCGCAGACCAACGGGUUUGCGGACGACGACGAUGAGCGCGGGGAGGAUGCGCGGAGAGCCGCUGAGGAAAGCGCGGAAGGGGACGGUGGAAUGCUGAGCGGUGACGAGGGGACAGGCCGGAGAGACGGGGAGGGGGGUGCGGAGGAGAGGCAGGAGGGGGAUAGCGAAGGCGUGGGCGCAACUGAAGAUGGCGCGCGCGCAGGUGGGGAAUCAGGCGCGGGUGUGAGUGGGGGGGCAGAUGCAGUCGCAGGGGCGGGCGAGGUGUCACUGGAGGAGCGCGUGCGGGCGGGGGAGGUGAGGGCGGUGGCGCUGGGGUCGUCGGAGGACGGCGCGCUCUACUCGCGCGUGUCCACCGCCACGUGGCUGCCACGCGCCUCCCACGAGCCCUUCCACCCGGCGCGCCUGCCGGUGGAGCUGGGCGAGGCGCGGCGCUACGCGGUGGAUCUGGCGGGGCCGCGCGUGGUGAUGUGCGGCGAGGACGCGGUGCGCGUGCUGGUGCGCAGCGGCGCGCACCACUACGUGGAGUUCAAGGCCGUGCACGCGCUGCUCUGCUGGCAGCGGGGGGGGGACGGGAAGGGGCGCGGGGAGAGUGGCGCGCAGGGGCAGGGCGGUGGGGGGGAAGGGGGGCUGGUGCGGGUGCCGACGAGUCGGGGGGACGUGUUUCAGGACCGGCAGCUGCCCCUGGCGGACAAGCGCCGCCUCAUGCGCUUCUUCCACUCCGCCUCCCCCCUCUCCGCCCCCCCUGGCCCCCCUGCCCCCGCUGCUGCCACUGCUGGUGGCGGCGUUGAGGCGAGGGAAGGCGGGAACGAUGCAAGUGGGCAGGUGGGGGCGGGGGGGAAGGAGGAAGGGAAGGCGGCGAGCGGCAGCGAGGCGGAGGGGGAGGGGGAGGGGACGUUUACGGCGCUGCUGGAGGCACACGGGCUGCCAGCACGCGUGCAAGAGUACGGCGCGGAGGCGGGCAUGAUGGUGGCGCUGUACGGCAUGGGCGAGCUCGCCCAGGCCUUCUGCCGCCUCGCUGCCGUCAAAGGCGCCCUCUAUGUGCUGCGCCGGCCCGUGGCGUCUCUUCUUGUGAAUGCACACACGGGGCGGUGUGAGGGAGUGGCAUUGGAGGACGGGCAGCUGCUGGGCGCGCCCCUCGUGCUGCUCGGCCCCUCCUUCCUCCCCAAGCCGCUGCCCCCCGCACCACCCACAGCACCACCCGCAAAAAAGCCCGCAGCAGAGCCUGCAGCGGUGAGCGGCAGUGCUGAAGCUCGUGGGAGUGCAGCAGGUGGCAGUGACGCGUGUGUGGAUGAGGGGACGAGCCCAGGCGUGGCAGGGCCUCAGUCUCACGGUGGCGGUGGCGGCGCUGGUGGUGCUUUGGACAGCGCUGGUGGUGCUUUGGACAGCGCUGGCAAGACAAGUGCCGGAGGGGAGAGGGGCGAAGGGGAGGAGGAGCAGGGGGAGGGCGUGGUGGCACGCUGCAUUUGCAUCACCGACGGUUCCCUGCAUCAAGACAUGCACACUCUCGUUGCUGUGCUGCCGCCCACAUGUGAGUGCUGCCGCCCACAUUUGAGUGCUGCCGCCCACAUGUGUGAGUGUUGCCGUCCAGCACUCGCACCAGGGCUUCCGGAGCAGCCAGUGAGAGUGUGCCAGCUGUCAUCGCAAUGUGCUGUGUGCCCCCAAGGGAAGUACCUGCUGUAUCUCUCCACCCGCUGCCUCCCCUCCCACUGCCCUCGCGCCCUGCUGCUGCCCGUGCUUGCUGCCCUCACUGCAUUGCCACACCCGUCCCCCGCCACUCAUUCUGCUGCUGCUGUUGCUGGAGGUGUGAGUGAGGGGGGUGGCAGGAGCAAGCAUGCAGAGGGAGUGGGUGCGGAGGAGAAUGGGGGGAGCGGGGUGGCCGUGCAGGGGGGAGGAGAGGGAGAUGAAGGAGGGGAGGAAACGGCGUCAUCCAGCCGUAUGGUAUCAGAGCAGGUGGGGUCAGAGGCGGGGGCGGGCGAGGAGCAUGGAGAGGAGGCAGCGGGGAAGGGGAGGCCCACUGCGCUGUGGGCUGUGUUCUUCUCGCAACGCCUGCUGGAUGCCCGCAGUGUGCAGGUGCCUGAGGGCGUGUUCGCAUGCAGCGCUCCGAGCGACUCCCUGCACCUGCAGUCAGUGCUCGAGGAGGCCCAGCAGGUCUUCACGUGCAUUGCCCCCGGGGAGGAGUUCUUCCCCACCCGCCUGGAUGAGGAGGAGAGGGAUGAUGAGGCACACGGGUUUGACAAUGGUAACUCGGAGGAGCAUGCCAAUGAGGACGGGGAUGGGGAUGAGCAUGGAAGAUGA